CUGUUGACUCCAUCAUCCAAACAGCUACCAGGCAAAGAAGCCAAACAUCCAUCCAUCCAUUGAUACGACCAACAGGAACUCUCUGAGAAACAUGCAUCUGUCUUCCAUCCCCCUUUGCGGCUUCCUCCUCAUCCUAAACCUGCAGCUGUUCAGCACAUAUCCCAUCAGCACUGGCCUCACUGACACUGAUGUUGACAUCUUAAAGGUGCUGCUCCAGAGACUAGAGGAGUCAGUUCCUGAUGUGGACCAGAGUAUCCCUGCAGCAAGGGACGCUGUGGACAGCCUGGACACAGAAGAGGCAGUAGAUGGACAGCAUUCCAGCACUGGUCUGGAUGAGGCGGCAAUCAGGGAGUUCCUUUCAGCCAAGAACCUGAAGAGCGUCCGCAAUGACUCAUCCAGAAAGUCCUCAGGCUGCUUCGGUCGACGGAUGGACAGAAUAGGCUCCAUGAGCUCUCUGGGCUGCAACACUGUUGGCAAAUACAAUCCAAAGUAAAGAUGACGUCUUAUCAUCUCAAUUUUGAAACUGCAACGUCUUUAUCAAAAGAGAUUUUUAUUUGAAAGCUAUUUAUUUACUAAUAUUUAUUAACUUUUGUUGGUGACUUAUAAUUAUAUUUAUUUAAAAUGGAUGUAAGACUGUUCUUUAUGUACUGUGGAAUGUGUGAAUAAAUGUUUACAACUGCA